CAUUGAUAGGUGGCACUGACUGGCACUGAUGGGUGACAGUGAAAGGCAGCUCAGAUGGGCACUGAUAUGUGGCAUUGAUGUGCACUGGUAUGCACUGAUGGGCACUGGCACGUGACACUGAUGGGCACUGGCACGUGACACUGAUGGGCACUGACACGUGGCACUGAUGAGCACAGAGAGGUGGCACUUCUGGGGCCACACUGAUCAUCAGGGCACACUGAUCAUCAGUGCCCUGAUGAUCACUGUCAGCGUGACAGCUCGAGAGGAGAGAAAUGCCGAUAACCGGCAUUUCCGUGUUUACAUGUGAUCAGCUGUGAUUGG